GCGCGCGCGCGGCGGGAGGAGGAGGAAGGAGGAAGGAAAGCAGCAGGAGGAGGAUGAAGAGCACGGCGCCCCGCAGCACUCUGCGGAAAAUUAUAAAGAAGCACAAACCGCAGUUACGCCUGGCGGCGAACGCCGACCUGCUGGUUCAUUUGAACUUCUUACUGUUUCUCCAUCGGCUAGCAGAAGAAGCCAGGACAAAUGCUUUUGAGAAUAAAAGUAAAAUAGUUAAACCUGAGCACACCAUAUCUGCAGCGAAGGUUAUUUUAAAGAAAAGCAGAGGCUAGAAAACAGACCAUUGGAAUUUUAAAGCACAUUUUUCAAUGCUUUCUGACUAACUUGAGCUAUACGAUGAGCCAGCUUUAGCACCUGUGGAACUAUGUAGUUUUGUUGACAUCUGUCCUCUGACUGACUAUCCACUGUUUCUUUAAAAUAAAUAAAUAAAAAAACCCUUAGAAUGUAUAUUUUUUGUAAGCUUCAUGCAUAAUUUUAAAGUGCUUGUCAAUUGUCACUUAAGACUUUUGAUGUACCUUAUUUCAUAAUGAUGGAGGAAUGCUUGUACCAUAGAUACUCUGGGUAUAAUGUGGCAUUUAUUAUUAAAAGUGUGAAACUUAUUAAGGGAAGCAGUAGUUAAAAAAAAACAACACAGGUUUCACUAAAUCCAGUGUAGAUUGUGCAGAGCAGAUUUACUAGCUAAACAAAAUCAUGGUUUUCAAAACAAUCACGAUAGAAACAAGUGUAUUAAAUACCUUGUCUUCAGUUUAUUUAUAAAUGUCUUGAUAAUUUUAAAAUUAUUUUGAAAAGUAGGUUAAAACUUCUGUGUUCUGGGGAAAGAAUACAUAGUUGUUAUUUUAAAUCAUGGUCUGAACUGUUAAGCUGACCUCUUUGAUGUGGUAUAUGGGACAUCUUGGUGGUCUGUAAUUCAGUUGGUGUGGACAGACGCACAGGUUAUGGAAAAGAAAGAUCUGGCACAGCUGAUGUUUUCGAAGUUAGAUCUUGUAAAACUAACAAAGACAAGUUGGCUUGAGUGCCAAGCUAUUUCCUUCCCCCUUCUGAGUGUCAUACUAACUUGUCAGAAGUCUGGAAAUGUACAUUAUAUAAAAAUGCCUUCUUAAAUUAAGUUCAUAUUCUGUUCCUAUUCUGAUAUUUGUAAUCAUUUACUGAACACUUUGCUUAAUAAUUUAAUAUUAAUAAAGUUAUAGGUGAAUCUUACAGUUCAAACUGAUAAUGCUGUUUUGUGGAAUAUAUAUUAGUUGAUUCUUGAUAUGCACAGUGAGAUGUUCUUAAAAUAAAGAAUCUUUAAAAGUG